UCAUCACGGUCAUGAAGCAGCAGCUCCAGGCCAGACAGGAGCGUGUGAACAGGCGGUGCCCGCGGCUGUGACGUCACUCGUCCAGUACCUGGCCUGUGUGAAGCCAUGCACAGGCACGUGUUUCUGACCGGACCUCCAGGUAUUGGAAAGACAACUUUAAUUCAAAAAGUCUCUGAAGUGCUGACGUCCUCAGGCGUUCCUGUGGAUGGAUUUUACACAGAAGAAGUCAGGCAGGGGCCUAGAAGAGUCGGAUUCGAUGUUGUUACCAUGUCCGGAAAUCGAGGAAAACUGGCAAGAAUUAGUGGGAGCAAUGAGAGCAGUAAAUACAGAGUUGGCCAGUAUGCCGUGGACAUCGCUUCAUUUGAGCAAUUGGUGAUUCCGCUUUUGGACAACCUUAGGUCACCCAGAAGCUCACCACGCAGACCUGUGUGUGUUAUUGAUGAAAUUGGGAAAAUGGAGCUAUUUAGCCAACCAUUUAUUUCGGGUGUGAAGAAAGUUUUGGAUAACUCCUCUGUUGUGGUGUUCGGAACAUUGCCAGUAUCCAGAGGGAGAACUCUGCCGCUAGUUGAGGAAGUAAGACAUCGACAGGAUGUUAAACUGUUCACUGUUACAAGAGAAAAUAGAGAAGACAUAUUGCAUGAAAUCGUGACUUCAAUACAAGACUGCUGUACUGGAAAAUCCAAAUGAGGAUUAAACAUUGUACUGAUGAACACUUGAAAUAAACCCACGCUACAUAACAUUGUCAAGAUCUGUAUGGCGAUGUCCUCAUAUCAAUCUGUGAAGAUAAUAUGACACUAAAGG